AUGCAAGACAGUCCUGAGAUACUAAGAGAGUUCAGCAUAGAAAUAGAAAAAAAAGAGGAGAAAGAAGAAAAUUCAGUCAGUGCAAAGGAAACCACAAAAGACCCUUAUAAAUUAGUUGAGAGUAUUUUAGACCAAAUAGAUAUAGAAGAUAUUGAUACUGGCAGAAUGGUUCUAUUAAACCAACUGAAUGAACUAUUAUUAGAGAGAGAGCAAUUAGUGAGGAAUAAUUUCACCACGUACAUAAAAUGCAGGAAAGCACUGGAAAUAAUGAAAACAUCUAAAAUAUGCACUAAUGGGAGCAAGUACUUGAAUAUGCAAAGUAUCAGUAGAAUGGAAACUCUAUUAGAACCUAUUUUAUUAGAGAACAAGGAGAUAGACAGACAAAAUCAACAGACUAAAUUUAUGCUUAAUCAUAGCCUUUUAUUUAAUGCAGAAUCUAUUCUAUCUGAGUAUUUAAAAAUCAAUGAUUUCGAUUCAUUCCUAACGGAUUAUCACAUGAUAAAAGUAGAAUCCGAGAAAUUCAAAGAGUCAAAAUUUAUUUCGUAUUUGUUUUCAAAGACUACGCCCAUCCUUGCACGGUUUAAAAUUGAAAUUAUCAGGAGAAUUGAGAUGUGUAAGAGUAUUUCUGAAUCUUUGUACUAUUUCCGGCUGUAUAUGCAAGUUGACCCAGAGAGUUACAGUAAAGCAUUUGCGACUCUCUUAACUAUUGCUAAGACAGAAAUAGGCGAGAGACAGAUUGUUUUUGGAGGGACAGUUAUUUCUAAACUAAGAAAUUUAAAGGACUUUAUUAAUGACCAGACUGAGAGUAUCGUAUACAUGAUUGGUCUAAUGAAAGCAGUGGAUACAGUUACGUGGCAGGCUAAGGAAAUGAGUGAAUUUAUUAUAAAUGCAGUGGAGGCGUACACUAACAGUAAUAAAAAAAGAAAUAAUUAA